CGCAGCUCGCUCACCACUGCGCGAGCAACUGGCAGCGAGGAGCGCAGCCAGUGGGUCACGGGUGCAACCCGUAGGUUGCGACAGGGACCCCAGAGAGUGUGGGGUGCCCUAGCGCCAAGAGGGUGCAUUAUCUGUAUAGCGCCAGGGAAGGCGCAGCUCGCACGCCACUGCGCGAGCAGCUGGUGGCGAGAAGCGCAGCCAGUGGGUCGCGGGCGCAACCCGUAGGUUGCGGACGGGGACCUAGACCCCGGAUUGCGUGUGGGGGGAACAUAGACCCCGGCCCCAGGAAAGGGGCGGUAUUACUGAGUAGCCCAGUGUGGGCACGGUGAGCCCCAGAGAGGGGGGACCACCCUUGUACAGUAUUGAGUAGCCCAGUGUGGGCGCGGAGAGCCCCAGAGAGGGGGAACGCCAUUGUGUAUUAUUGAGUAGCCCAGUGUGGGCGCGGCGAGCCCCAGAGAGGGGGAACGCCAUUGUGUUUGUUGAGUAGCCCAGUGUGGGCGCAUGGGCAUAGCGAGCCCGGCCGCAGGCUAGUGCGGCAAUCCCCCUCAGACCAAGGCAGGGCACUGCGGUUGCCCCUGAGAAGACAGGGAGUAGCAGCGCGGUGAGCCAGAGUCAGCGAGGGUAUCCGUGCGGUUGGCCAGGGAAGGGCCGGGGCCCGCUAGGACUGUACCAUCAGGGGAGGCCCAGCGGGAGGCUGGGCACGAGAGAGACAGACUGGACAACGUCCAUUACAUCUGCGAGGCUUGGGGCAUGGUAUCAGGGGAGGUAGGAGCCACGCAUAGCCCAUAAGGCUGGGGCGCUUGGGUAGCACCAUUGAACGGGGAGACCCACGAGGGGUCCAGGAGCUGACAGGCCCGAGGAAACACAAGGCAGCCUUCCUAUUACAUAGUUGAUCAAGACGUGGCGGGCGAGAAUGGUGGGUGCCCUCGGGCCGAAGUAGCGCGGUGAGAGGGCCUCAAGGAGAUCACGGCCCUCUGUGAGUACCCCGCCGUGACACUGGUGCAUUGGCCGGGAACCGGCCGUGCACGGGGAAAGAACCCGUGUCCCUGUGAAGGGAAAACGAAUCUUAGGGCUAUUUUACAGAUAGACAAGGCAGCGAGAUUGAGGGGCUUGAGAAGGAAAGCCCAGAUCGAAGGAGAGACUGCUUGUCGAGAGUUAUAAUAGGGAAGACGUUGAGUCAGGUCUGGAGAAAGAAGAAAAAAAAAAAGAUUAACCAUGGCAGGAAUAGUAGCUCUAGAAGACAAGUGGCAAGAAGCCUUCACCUGGCAGUUGCACGUGGAUGAGGCAGAGGAAAAGGCUGCCCAUCUAGAGCUGGAUUUAGAGAUAGUGAGAGCACAGAAGGAACAAGCUGAGGCAAAGCUGGCCGCUUUAGAGUUGCGGGUGCAACCCAGGAAAAAAGAAGGCUCCAAAGAAAUUAGGCGCCUAUUGGCAGCAGAGGCGGAGAAGACCCGAGCAAUAGAACGGCUCGUGGCAGAGGAGACUAAGAGAGGUAGGCAGCGGGAGGAAAAACUCCGCGAAAUGCAGAAACGGUUAGCAGCAUGGGAGAAGAAGUCCCCAGAGCCUGAUAUAGGCCAGACGGGGGAACAAAAAGAAGCGAGGCAACGGCUAGAGGUAUCCAAGAACCUCAUAGCAGCCCUCCAGGAAGAAAUCCGUGACCAAGCGGAGCAGAUAGAGACCAUGCAUGAGAAUGAGGAAAUCUGGUGGGAGAGAUCUGAACAGGCUGAACGCUUGGUUGUGGAGCUUAGAGAAAAGCUUACAGAGAAUCAUACCCAGGCAGAAGAAACCAGGAAAGCAAUAACAAAAGAAAUGGAGAAAGUGAAAGAGUAUAUGUCUAGUUAUGAGGCUUUAGAAGCACAGAAGCAGUCCCUUGAGGCCAGGAUGAAAGCUAAAAUAGAGGAGCAUAUAAAGCUGCAGGCCCAGUGUCAAAGGGGAGUGAAAGAGUUAGAGACCAAGAUGAGAGAGGCUGAAGAGUUGCGGGCCCAGUUGAAAAAAGGGGCAGUGGAAAAGGACCUUUGUGAAGAACAGGUACAGCACCUUAAAGCUCUUCUAGAAGAGAGGUCGGGUAAAGAGGCAGCAAUCGACACUGAGAGGGAGCAGCUACGACAGCAGAUGCAAACCUCGAAACAACAGGUACAGGCCUUAGAGGAAGAGAUUAAAAGGUUCCAGGAAGAGAGACAGUCCCUGAAGGCCCUACUAAGAGAAAGUACAGCCAGAGAGGCAAUGUUGCAGCAAGAGAAUGAGCAGCAACUAGGGCUGGUUGUCCAGGCACAGAAGGAAAGGCUAACUGGAAUAAGUAGACAGUUGGAAGAACACCUGAUUAGGGCUAAAGGCGAAUGCGAGGGGCACUUGCAAGAGUUUAAAGGCUUGCAAGAAGCCUUAACAAGAGUAGAAAGGGCGAUUGAGAUUGCUCUGGUCCUUCAGAAGCAGGGGCUGUGUAAUCAAGAGCAGACCGAGGAAAUGAGCACAGAAAACCCUAAAGAGGGGAGGGAACCAGAACAGCUGGGAAAGAAUGUAAAGAUGGAAGUAUUCCUGGAGGCAGACCCCACGGGAAGGAGAGAAGGCAUCAUCUCCAUAGUUAUGGAGUGUCUAAACCAGACAUGGGGCCAAUGGACAAAGCAGUAUGCUGAGGAUAUGAAGAAUCUGAAGGAAAGAUUAGAUGGGAUGGCCGGCAGGCAUGACCCUGGAGUAUUAGCAGUGCCAAAGAAGCAUCAACAGAUGGAGGUUGACAAGGGAAAGACGGUAACUGGACAAGAGAGGGACUGGAUCUGUGGAAAAAAGGAAAAAGGUGACCCCGAUAACUUUGCUCAUACUCAGAAGGGGGGACACAUGAACCAGAAAGAUCAGAGAUCUGAGAUGGCCCACCCUCAGACAUAUACCAAGCAGGAGGCAUCGUCCAAAAGAGAAGAAGUAAUAGAACCUCUAAGGACAAGAGAGGCACAAAGGCCUGGGAUGGACCGGAGGGGCCGAAACCCCGAGGGACUUAAAGGGGGAGGAGAGAAAGGUCUCAAGCUCCACCCUAAGAUGGAGCUAUCUAGCCCUGCACAGCAAACAGGGACCAAAAUGGAACUGAACGGCAGGUCGAGGUAAAAGGGCCGAAGGUCCACCAACAGCCCAGGUGAUCCAAUCAGGGGAAGAGCCAAGGGGUGGAAGAAGGCUCUGUGUCUAUGUUAAUAACCUCCCAGGGCUAACCCAGUGGUGGAUGUUGAGAAAGGCUACGCCGCCGAUUCUAGCUUCCACAAGCUAUGUGAAAAUCUAUAAAGGGCCUAGAGGAAGACCCACCAGACGGGGGAAAAUAGAGUUUUGGGAAGAGAAGGAUGCACAGAAAGCAUUGAAGAGACAAUGGGAGCUCUGGGGAAUACUCGUAGAUAGGCAAGAAACCUCAGGAAGGAGGGAGUGUUACAAGGGACGUGCAGAAGGAGACCUGGGAUCUAGAUGGAAGAAGAGGGGCAGGGUACCCCAAACAGUGGGAAGCAGCUCUCCCAGGAGGGAGGAGGCGGUGAAGAAAGAAAAGAGGGAAGCCUAAUUUGCACCCCACCAGGGAUGGCUAACGUGGGGGGACUACUUUUGGCAGGGUAACUCCCACGAAAUCCUACGUGAUGCGCCCCUGGGUAAAAGGCGAGGAGGAGGCGCCUUAAAACCUCCGCCACUUAUAAGAGAGACGCCGGGUGCUGGAAGAAAGGCUGAGAAGACCCGCCGAAUCCGACCAAAUUCGAUGAAAAGGAAGAUUUACCUCGAGCAUAAAACAAGGCUGCAAAAAGCUCUUGAAAAGACACAUGAAUGAAGCUGUAGAGACAUUCGCACUUGGUGG